AUGCCGCUGUCUGCAAUCUGGACGAGAAGAACAGCCAACGAUGCAGCAUCGAGCAUCUACAGUCGAGAACCUGAAGUCGCCCCGGUUCCUCCGCUCUCCAUCCCGCGCAAGGGGAGGACCCCGACCGAUUCUCCUGCAAGGCAUGAUCUCCCGGAGAUCAAUCUGAUCGACCAUCAAAUUGCGCUGGCCCGGGGAACAACCAUGGCCCUGGAAACGACCUGUGUGCGGCUUCAAAAUGCCAAAAAGAACGGUCCACGUUCGUUGCGAGACACUUUGGAAGAGAAGUGGCGACAAUGGAAGCGCCAGGAAGAUGAGAACCGGUUCUUCCGCACAUGCCCCAAAAUCUUCGACGACCUCGCGGCCGUGGCAGUCGAGGUGUCCGAUGAUCUGAUCCUGCAGCAGGAGUUUGAACCCGAAGUCAGUCCGGUGGGAAACCGACGCAUCCUCCUGGGGAUGUGCAAGCUACAAGAGGCCCUGGCCGACUCGCACGGGAAGGAAGCUCGAGCCAGAGAAGAAUGGGACCGUCGCCUGAACCUUCCCGAUAUCCGUACCCCACUACCGCAGUGGAUAUGA